AUGGAAACUAGUUUUCAAUCCGCUAUCGACGCCGGCAAGAUCAGCGGCGCUGUAAUCUGUGCUACUGAUGCCGAGGGCCACUUCUUCUACAACAAGGCCAUUGGAGAGCGCACUCUACUCUCAGGCGAGAAGAAGCCACAGCAGCUCGAUGAUGUGCUGUACAUGGCCUCAGCCACCAAAUUUAUCACCACCAUCGCCGCCCUACAAUGCGUCGAAGAUGGCCUACUAACUCUAGACGGCGACUUGUCGUCCAUCGCCCCAGAGCUUGCUGCCAAACAUGUUCUCACCGGCUUUGCCGAUGAUGGAAGCCCUCAGCUCGACCCACCAGCUCGCCCCAUCACCCUCAAAAUGCUGCUCACACACAGCUCCGGCACCUGCUACCACUUCAUCAACCCACUUACCGCCAAGUGGCGCGCGCAGUUUACCAACACCGAGAGUCAAGACCGUCUUCCCGUUGAGGAAAGGUUCAGCUAUCCACUCAGUUUCCAGCCCGGUGCUGGCUGGAUGUACGGGCCGGGCCUUGACUGGGCCGGUCGCCUAGUGGAGCGUGUCACGGGGCUCACGCUGAUGGAAUUCAUGCAGAAGCGUAUAUUUGACCCUCUUGGGGUCACAGAUGCUCAGUUCUAUCCUGUUACCCGUGAGGACCUGCGAACCCGUCUCGUCGACCUCAAUCCCGAUGACCCCGGUGCUAUUGGUAGUGCUGUGCUCGGCGGUGGCGGCGAGAUGAACUUGCGCAGUCGUGGUGACUUUGGUGGUCAUGGGCUGUUUGUGCCCGGUUUGGGUUUUGUUAAGGUUUUGCGAUCGGUGCUGGCUAAUGAUGGCGUCUUGCUCAAUGCCAAUACCGUCGACAAUAUGUUCCAGCAACACCUUAGCCCAGAAGCGGCGGCAAGUCAUCAAGCUGCGCUUGCUAGUCCUAUGGGGCCCUUCUUCCGCGUGGGCACAGAGCCGGGGAUGAAAGUUGGCCAUGGCUUGGGCGGUUUGCUGACGCUUGAGGAUGCUGAUGGCUGGUAUGGAGAGCGCACAUUGACUUGGGGCGGUGGUGUGACGCUUGCUUGGUUCAUUGAUCGAAAGAAUAACCUCUGUGGUAUCGGUGCCAUCCAGGCUAAGUUGCCGGUCGAUGUGGAGUUUGUCGCAGGGCUAAAGCAAACCUUCCGUCAUGAUAUUUACAGCAAAUAUACCGUGUGGAAGGGCGAGCAGUAG